AUGUCUUUAAACAUUCUUGUCAUUGGAAAUGGUGGUAGAGAGCAUGCCAUCGUUUGGAAGUUGGCUCAAUCUUCUCAAGUUUCCAAAAUCUUUGUUGCUCCAGGAAAUGGUGGUACUUCAGUUAGUGAUAAAGUAACUAAUGUUCCAGAGUUAUCUGCAUCACCAAAGGAUUUCCAAAAAUUACAACAAUUUGCCCUUGAUAACAAUGUUGGUUUAGUUGUACCUGGUCCUGAACAACCUUUAGUUGAUGGUAUCUCAACUUUCUUCACCAAAGUGGGUAUUCCAGUUUUUGGUCCAUCUGCCAAGGCUGCUACUAUGGAAGGUUCAAAAGCUUUUUCAAAGAUCUUUAUGGAUAAACAUAAUAUCCCAACUGCUAGAUUCAAGAACUUUACUAGUGUUGAAGAAGCCAAAAAACAUAUAGAAGAAAUCGAUUAUAAAAUUGUUUUAAAAGCUGAUGGUAUCGCUGCUGGUAAAGGUGUGUUGAUCCCAGAAACCAAGGAAGAAGCUUUAGAAGGAUUAAAUGAAAUCAUGGUUGCUAAGAAUUUCGGUAGUGCUGGUGAUGAAAUCGUUAUUGAAGAAUUCUUAGAAGGUGACGAAUUAUCCAUCUUAACUAUUACUGAUGGAUACCUGUUUUUCAAUUUACCUGCUGCUCAAGAUCAUAAAAGAAUCGGUGAUGGUGAUAAAGGUUUAAACACUGGUGGUAUGGGUGCUUAUGCUCCAGCUCCAAUUGCUACUGAUUCUAUCUUGAAAAAAAUCGAUGAACAAGUCAUUAAACCAACCAUUGAUGGUAUGAGAAAAGAUGGAUACCCAAUGUGUGGUAUUUUAUUCACCGGUAUCAUGUUGACUCCUAACAAAGAACCAAAGGUUUUAGAAUAUAAUGUUAGAUUCGGUGACCCUGAAACUCAAACUGUUUUACCUUUAUUAACCGAAGAUACUGAUUUAGCUCAAGUUAUGUUAGCUUGUGCCGAACACAGAUUAGAUUCAGUUAAAAUUGAAACCAAAGCCGGUAUGUCUUCCACUACUGUAGUUAUGUCAGCUGGUGGAUAUCCUGAAAGUUAUGAAAAGGGAGAUGAAAUUAAAAUUUCAGAAACCCCAGAAAACACUUUCAUUUUCCAUGCUGGUACUGCUGAAAAAGAUGGUAAGAUUGUUACUGCUGGUGGUAGAGUCAUUGCUUCUACUGCAAUUGCACCAUCAUUAAAAGAAUCUGUUGAUAAAGCUUAUGUUGGUGUAGAACAUGUGGAAUUUAAAGGUAAAUAUAAUAGAAAAGAUAUCGCUCACAGAGCUUUCAGAGAUUCAAUCAAGAAAGGUGUCACAUAUGCUGAAGCUGGUGUCUCUGUUGAUAACGGUAACUUAUUAGUUGAAAAAAUCAAAGCCAAAGUCAAAUCAACUGCUAGACCAGGUACUGAUUCAGAUAUUGGUGGAUUUGGUGGAUUAUUUGAUUUAUCAAAAGCUGGUUAUUCAAAUUCUGAUACUUUAUUAGUAGGUGCUACUGAUGGGGUCGGUACUAAAUUAAGAAUUGCUCAAAUCAUGGAUAUUCAUGAUACUGUUGGUAUUGAUUUAGUUGCCAUGAAUGUAAAUGAUUUAGUCGUUCAAGGUGCUGAACCAUUAAUGUUCUUAGAUUAUUUCGCUACUGCCAAAUUAGACAUUAACGUUGCCAAAGACUUUGUCAGUGGAGUUGCUGAUGGAUGUAUUCAAGCUGGUUGUGCUUUAGUCGGUGGUGAAACCAGUGAAAUGCCAGGUAUGUAUGCUCCAGGUCAUUAUGAUACUAAUGGUACUGCAUUUGGUGCCGUUCACAAAAAUAAGGUUUUACCUAAAGUAGAAAACAUGAAAUCAGGUAAUGUCUUGAUUGGUUUAAAAUCUGAUGGUGUUCAUUCCAAUGGGUUCAGUUUAGUUAGACAUUUAAUCGAAAGUUCAAAAGAUUUUGAUUACACUUCACCUGCUCCUUGGACUAAUGGUAAAUCUAUUGGUGAAGAGCUUUUAGUUCCAACCAAAAUCUACGUCAAACAAUUAUUACCAUCCAUUCACAAAGAUUUAAUCUUAGGUUUAGCUCAUAUAACCGGUGGUGGAUUAGUUGAAAACAUUCCAAGAGCUUUACCAAAGAAUUUACAAGCUAAAGUGGAUAUCUCUACUUGGGAAGUACCAGAAAUUUUCAAAUGGUUUGGUAAAUUAGGUGACAUUCCUCAUAAAGAUAUCUUAAAGACCUUCAAUUUAGGUAUUGGUAUGGUAUUAAUUGUUGAAGAGGCUAACGUUGAAGCUGUUGUCAAAUCACUAAAAGAAAACGGAGAAGACUCGGUUAUAAUCGGUAAGUUGAUCGAUAGACCUGAAGGACAAGAUGGAUGUGUCGUUGAUAAUAUUGAAAGUGUUUAUUAG